UCAGCUAUAGUCUACCCCGAUCGCUCAGUCAUUGCGGCGCAGCAAAAGCCAAACAUAUUCCAAAACCUACUAUUGUUUCUAAUGGGUGCUUACUCAGGGAGAUAAACAUAUAAAAAGGCCUGCCAUUUGGAGGUCGAUACUUAGUCGUUAAUUCACAUUUCGCUGGUAUAGAACGUUUAAAAUGAAUAAGUACAUGGGAAUUGUGCUAUUUUUUACCAUACUAUUAAGUAUGGAAGCUCCCAGUUGCGAGGGAGCUAAUAUAUUGGGAAUCUUUGGCUCCCAUAGCCCCUCACAUGUCAUUGUGCACAUGGCUAUGAUGAAGACACUGGCCGAUCGGGGUCACAACAUUACCGUGGUGACCCAAAUGAAACCCAAACUCAAGGCGCAUGAAAACAUCACUGUCAUCCUAGCACCACCUACUCCAGAACGAGAACAAAAAAUCAAGGAAUAUAUGUCUCAAAUAACCGCCGAGAAGCCAAGCAUUUGGACAACUUUUUUGAAGGCAAUAGUGCAGUCCGGCGAUCAGUUUGAAGCCCAAUACGAGUUUGCCGUUCAUCCCAAUUUCAAAGAAGUCUACGAAAACCCCCAGACCAAGUUCGAUCUGGUAUUUUUGGGAAUGAUGGCCAAUGAUUUCCAACUGGGCGUGGCAGCAAAGUUAAAAUGCCCGGUAAUUGUGACUUGGGUUGGUGUUCCUAUGAUCGUGCUAGACUCCGUAGUGGGAAAUGUUGCCGAUCCUGCCUUUGUUCCCAGUUUGAAUGUGGCCCUGGAACCAGGACAAGUGACCAUGAGAUUUGGCCAGCGAUUGGUAAACUUUUUUAAAUACUCAUUUCUUAAGUUUUUGGACGUACUACUCAGCUUAAAGAUGAAUCAGUUUUACGAGAGAGCUUUUGGAAAUGAGACCGAUCCUGAUUUUCCAAAUUAUGCCGAAAUGAAACGACGGGUUUCUCUGCUUUUCUACAACUAUCAUGCUCCCAGUGAAGGACCCAUAAGACCUGUGGUUCCUCAGUCCGUUGAAAUUGGUGGAAUUCAGGUUAAGGAGCAGCCAGAUCCUUUGCCCAAGGACAUAGCUGAGUUCCUGGAUAAUGCCAAAGAUGGAGCUAUAUUCUUCAGCUUGGGCACUAAUGUAGACACCAAUACCUUUAGCCCCCACGUGUUUGAGAUGAUUUAUAAGGUUUUGUCCAAACUGCCCCAGCGAGUAAUUUGGAAAUGGCAGGAUUUGGACAACAAGCCGGGAAACGCUUCCAACAUUUACUUCGGUAACUGGCUCCCCCAGGACGAUAUCCUCGCCCAUCCCAACACAAAACUAUUUAUAACCCAUGCUGGCAAGGGAGGCGUGGCUGAGUCACAGUUCCAUGGAGUUCCAAUGGUGGCACUGCCCCUUUUUGCCGAUCAGCAGGGAAAUGCCGAAAUACUGACCACUUCCGGAUUUGGCAGAUGGCUGGACAUACUGACCAUGACAGAGGUUGAGCUGGAAUCUACAAUCAAAGAUGUGCUGGAGAACCCAACAUAUCGAAAGGCCAUUGGAAAAUUCUCCUCCUUAUAUAGGGAUCGCCCGCUAACAGCGCGCCAAUCUGUGGUGUAUUGGACCGAGUAUGUUCUCCGUCAUCAGGGGGCUUAUCAUCUCCAGAGUCCCGAAAUUCAUAUGGAUUUUGUUUCUCGCAACAACAUCGAUGUGUAUGGAGUGCUUUUGUUAGUCAACUUGAUUUCGUUUCUAUUAUUCUUGGUCACAGUAAGUUGGGCCCUUCGUAAGUGCCCCACGAUCAAUGCUGCCAAUAUUUUGGGAGUCUUUGGAACUCAUAGUCCCUCGCAUACCAUCGUCAACAUGGCCGUGAUGAAAGCUCUAGCGGAUCAGGGCCACAACAUCACAGUGGUUCUAGCAGCACCGCCCAAAAUGAAGGCCCACGAAAACAUCACCAUUAUCCUGGCGCCACCCACUCAAAAACGGAUUCAGGACAGUAAGGAACACAUUGCAAAUGCCUCUAAAGAAAAACAAUCCUUGUGGAAAACCAUGAUGGUAACCCUUCUACAGUCGGAGUUUCAAAUCGAAGCUCAAUACGAGUUCCUAAUGCAUCCGAAUCUGAGGAAUCUGUACGAGAAGCCACAAACCAAGUUCGAUUUGGUGAUUCUGGGCAUGUUGGCCAACGGUUUCCAACUGGGCAUUGCAGCCAAGCUUCACUGUCCGGUUAUACUUACCUGGGUGAGACUACCAAUGCCAUUUGCGGACUUUUUGGUAGGAAAUAUCGCAGAUCCCGCCUACGUCCCCACCUUGACUGUCGGACUAGAGCCGGGUCAAAAAACAAUGGGGUUUGGCCUAAGAUUGACUAACUUUUUCAAAUACACUUUCACAAGUAUUUUCAACGAAGUGUUCGCCUACAAAAUGAACAAGUAUUAUGAACGAGCCUUUGGCAAUGAAUCUGAUCCUGAUUUUCCAACUUAUUCCGAAAUGAAUCGACGGGUUUCCCUGCUUUUCUACAACUACCAUGCUCCCAGUGAGGGACCCAUCCGACCGGUAGUUCCUCAGUCUAUUGAAAUCGGAGGAAUCCAGGUUAAGGAGCAGCCAGAUCCUUUGCCCAAGGAUUUAUCUGAGUUCCUGGAUAAUGCCAAAGAGGGAGCUAUAUUCUUCAGUUUGGGGUCUAAUGUGGAUACUAAUACCUUUAGUCCUCAAGUCUUGAAUAUUGUCUACAAGGUUUUAUCUAAGCUGCCCCAGCGAGUAAUUUGGAAGUGGCAGGACUUGGAUAAUAAGCCUGGAAACGCUUCUAACAUUUACUUUGGGAAGUGGCUGCCCCAGGACGAUAUCCUGGCCCACCACAAGACGAAACUAUUCAUAACCCAUGCUGGAAAAGGAAGCGUGGCAGAGGCCCAGUUCCAUGGAGUUCCCAUGGUGGCUUUGCCACUCUUUGCCGACCAGCCAUCGAAUUCAGAAAUCCUGGCCAAGUCUGGGUUUGGCAGGUGGCUGGAUGUUCUUACCUUGACUGAGGAAAAAUUCAAAGAGGCUAUUCUGGAUGUCAUGGAGAAUUCUACCUACCGGGAGGCUAUUGGCAUUUCGAGUGUUGGAGGCAUUGUGAUUUGGGUAGAAAUUUUAUAG